CCUCCUUGCUGCUACUUUAUUUUCCACGACCUCGAGUUGGUCUUUUAUUUAUUUUUGUCAUCGAAUCAGAACAGAAACAACUCAUUGCAUUUGGGAGAAAAACUUUGCCCAAGUGUAUAAGGAAAUCGAGUUGGCUGUAGACGAGCCCAAUCUGCCAAAGAAAGAUGACAAAAUCAACCCAAUAUGAGGCUACGAGUGCCAUGAUAAUGGCACUUGACAGGAAUUAGGCAUAUGGUGUCAAUGCAACCUGGUAUUUCAGAUUAGAUAAAACAUCGACAACUGUGGCUUACUCCAAGCUCCCAGUUUUUCUAACAACAUGUUGGCUGAGUUCCGAGAUGGACAGAAACGUUGAAUCCUCAUUUCCAACUAAGUGACAGUAAAAGCGCAGGCUGGCUGGAGGAAAUGAACAUUAUCCUGAAACUACCCCAUACUGGGGUGAAAAAAACUUACCUCCGCAGUCAAAGCAAAAAGGCACAAAAAGAUGAACGUCUGUCAUAUCUAUUUUCUUUCAGCCGAGCGUCAGAACUACACUAAAAAUUUCGCACAAACAACCCCGGGUCCGAAAGUGACAGCAGAACUGUCAUCAAUGCUCAAGCAGUUAAAAUAUCAACAAGGACGUGUCUUCGAGUGAGACGUACCAAGUGAGACGUAAAAUACAUGGAACGCAAUGACACCGAUGACAAAGUGCAAACAAACUCGUCAAACAAGAAACAGAGGGGUAUCCAAUGAGCAGGAAGUGUUCAAACUCCGUCACUUGAUCGCACAAAGUCGAGAAACUUUCCAUCCUGUUAUUGCACAGGGCGUCCCCAAUGUUUCCUCCGGACACAAUAGACAUUCCAGAGGACGCGUGUAUGAUGUCACUGCUGCCCCAUAACUAUUGACAAUGGAAUUAUUCACCGAAAGAACCCGUCAAUGUCUGACUCCCCUUCCGCGCCCUCUACACUUUACAGGUAAUAGCUAGAACUUUUAAAAGCAGCUCUUCAUAACUGCUCAGUCAGACCUGCCCAACAGCACGGAAUCCAGCUUCGAAGCCGCGCUCGCAGUUUAGAAUUUUAAACUUCAAAAAAGUAAUUCAACGAUACAUCGCAAAGUAGGAUCACCAGCCAAGAAUCCGAGGCAGCCGUAAGAGCAUAGCGGCAGCCUGGCACGCCAAGCGAGCGCGCCUUGAAGUUCGCGACUUUCGCGGAAAUCAUGGGUUUGCUAAAGGUUGUCCUUUUCGUUUCCUGUUCGGGGUUCCUGGCCUUACGGACUGCCAACGCAGAAUGCAUCAACGUUACUCUACCGAACGUUCUCGACUUGGGGUCCUGUCUCGGGAAAACACUCGUGACGUGUCCAGACACGUCGGAUGGCCUCCUGCUAGACCUCCAAACCAUCACUCGUUGCGUUCUUGAGAUCCUGCCUCAAGUAGGCGACCCAGUACAAGUGCUUGACAGCGUCCUUGACCUCCUUGAAGUCGUCCUCGAAAGACUGGGGCUUUCUUUCGACGUCAGGGCCUUGUCCGAGAUCCUCUGUCGACCGCUGGGACUCCCGAUUUUCAACUGCGGUAACACCAACGCCAGAAACACUACAUGCGGCCGACCUCUGCAGGUCGGUCUUCCCAGCGGCUUCAACGUCGGCCACUGUAUGAACAGGACGCUUUUGUUCUGCGCCGAAGGAACGCCCGUCACCGACCCUGUCGUGCGUGAGCUGGUAAGGGCCCUCAGCUGUAUCCUCUCCGGGGCCCCCGAAGACAUUCAGCUGAAUCUUGUCCGAUCCCUCGUAUGUCCGCUGGUGGACGUGGUCACAUCUUCCCUGGACGAAUUCACCGAGUUCCUUCCUUUCCGCGUGCUGACACGCGGAAUCAAGACGACGGUAGGGACGCUCACGGACAGCUUGCUCGAAUCUGUGAUAUCCUGCCCGUAGCCGCUCUUCGACUGGUUCUUCGUUUCUAUGUGUUUUUUCACUAACCACCGAUCUUACGUGAUGUUUUGUUAAUUUCUGUCCGCAGGAUUUAUUUGCUUAAGCUAGUGUCACUCUUUAUCUAUAGAUAUAUCAGCGCACGUACCGGUUCAGACACAUUCACAUAUAUUUCAGGGAUAUACGAUGUAAUACUGGCGGAUAACUUUCUGUGGCUAUGCAGUCGAAACUAUGGGCGCCCGUGCGCUCGCAAGUCUGGAGCUCCCAUCAGAGCUGUGCCUACACGUCCUUUCAAUCUUCUAAAAUGUCACAGAAAGUUUUUCGCGAGUAUACUGAUUGCGUCGUCAUUUUAGAACUGUUACGAAAUUAGGAAAAAAGGUUAAAUCACUUUAAGAUGCACAUAAUUAAACCUCUCAUUAUUUUUAAUGUGACAUGAAGAUUGAGUCCUAAAGUUUCCUGCCUUGUACGUUUAUUCGCACAAUAAUUACGUCAUGGGUAUUAAAAAAAUGUUUACGAUCUUUUAUCAA